AUGAGAUCCGCCGUUCUUCUCGCAGUUUUGUGCGCUUUCGUCGCAGCGAAGACGUGCAAAUACGACUCGGGCGACUUCAAUGCGCAUUGGCUCUACGCCAACAACUCGAUUUCGCUGCAAUUCCAGAACACGAACAUUAAGAACAAUCAUUGGACGGGACUCGCAUUCGGAGACGAAAAGGUAAGAGUGUGUGGACCAUCGAAAGAACACUGUUUCAACAGCUCUCUAUCGAUUUCUUCUAAAGCAGCUUGCUAGUGAGGGAUGGGUACUAAACUCUUGAAGUAUAGCUGUAGCGUUAAAGACAUUUGCUCUGUUGAAAGCAAGGCGCUUGAAACAGUGUACUUGAGAAAGGAAUUAUUAUGAAGAAGAACUGUUUCAAGAAAACUCGGUCGAACAUAGCUCAUCAGCAGAUCAAAUUACACUGGUAUACUUUCAGAACAACCUGCAAGGCAUCUUCUUCAUGGUUUCCAACAAUCAGGUGUCGGUCCGCACGGGCUCCACCACCGAGCACGGCCCGCCAACGUUCUCCUCCAACGGAACCAACUCGGCCAUUUCGACGCAAUCGCUCUUGUACUUCCCGAGAGAUAAAACCCUUAGCGCCGUCGUCACGAUUCCACUCCAAUUCAACGGAAGAAGCCUCCAAAACUGCCAGAAAUGGAAUGUGAGUUGCAAUUUAAAAAGACAGAACUUCAUCUAAAAGUGCCGGUUUUCAGUGGAUCAAGUCUGGAAAGAUCGAGAACGGAGUGAUUACCCGUAAUUCCAAAUCGCCAAAAGACAAGAAAGUUUGCCCGAUGGAGUGCAAUUAAUUCGGUAUUCUGACUCUGAUUCCUUUUUCCGUUUCUCGCCAUGUAAAUAACUGUUUUCUCAUCUUUGACCAAUAAACGGUUCGAAUAGAAAACGUGAGCACAAUGAUCCGCAUACAGUAUCCUUCCGGGGGGAGCAAACAUCGAAACAACAGAAACGAAGAGAAGUUUGUUGUGAUUGCCAAUGCGUUGCGUGUUUGAACAGAGAGAAGGAGUUUGAGGAGAAGGAGAAACACAACUAACUCUUUUUGAGUUGGACACGAGUUUUCUGGAAAGAAGAAACAAACAAAAAGGGGAACAAGAGAGCACAAUGAUUUGUUCAAAUUUUCAAAUUUCGUUUAUUCACCGCAAAAAAAGGGGUAUGGCAGCAAGAUGAAUAGGAAAGGAAGGGAACCAUCCCCGUAAGAGGAGGGCGUCCUUGGUAGCGGGUACAGGAUUGUGAACGACAUUAGUAGUGGAGUUAGUAUUUGACAAUUGGGAGGGGGAAAGGAAGGAAUUUCAGUUUUUGACGAUAGCAUUCCAGAAGGGGACAGUUUUACUAAAGAAAUUAGGAGAGAGGGGGGAAACACAAGUGAGUAACAUGGGGCGUCGCUGUGAGGAGGCAAGGGAUAUUUGGGCGAGAUAGACAUUGCCUGUUAAGAUCUUAUAAAGGAGUAGUAGCUGAGAUUUGAGUCUACGCUGACGAAUGGAGAAAAUGAUUUUUGUUUCGGAAGCUCAUGAUAAGUUUCUAUAAACUGCGAAGUUUAAUCGACGGUUGUGUAUAACAAAUGAAUGAUGAACAGGUAAGUUGGCCUAGUGGGCCGUACUGACAUAAUACGAUAGCUUAUGCCAGUGUUGAGCGGAAUUCCGUCUUCCGUCUUCCGUCUUCCGUCUUCCGUGGUUUUUCUUGUUCCGCCUUCCGUCUGCCGUCUUCCGUAAAAGAAUGUUUCUUCCGUCUGCCGUCUGCCGUCUUCCGGGAUUUUUCUUCUUACCAUAAAAGAGUUAUAGCUUUUCAGAAGCCAUUUACUAUCCCCGAAGAACGCGAAUUUCCACUGGCAGUGACCCAGAUCCAAAAUAUUUGUUGUUUAGUUAUUUUUUUCAAAAAAAAACGGAGAAAAAGGUUCUGCAUUGACGAUUUUUUUUUCCGUCUUCCGUCUUCCGUCUGCCGUCUUCCGGAUUUCAAAAUUCAAUUUCCGCUCAACUCUGGCUUAUACCAAGAGGAUCAAAUGUUGUGUUGAUCAUUUUUGCUACCGGCACCUGGAUUUCGAGAAAAUGGAGCCGGAAACUGAAAUCCUGUAUUUUAGGCAAUUUUCCCCCCUCGUAACAGUCGCGUGAACUCCCUUGAUAUCAAUGAAUUCGGAAACAACUGAAAUCAUCGGUUGGAUGGUGCUGUCGAACCCAAACGCCGAUGAAAUGUCAUCGUUUGCUCAGACACAUUCAUGACAAAACGUUAUGUUUCGGUGAACUCACUAAAGGGAAUAGUGUGCGAACUUUGCCACUUUAGCCACUUUCUCAAAAACGAUAGGAUCAUUUUCAUUGAUAAAGCUUUAUACGGUCUUUCAUACCAGACUUGGAACAGGCCGCGUCAGGCCGCCUUGGCGCAAAAAUUUCCAAAAAUGUGUUCAAAAGUGGCGGAUCGAUAAAUCGCAACACUGAAACUCAUUUUCAUCAACUUUACCGCACACAUUUUUAUAUAGUCCGGCCCGAAGUCUUGCAAGUCCGGCCUGUACUCUUCUUAGUCCAGACUCUUCAAUCGCUGCUCUGUUCACCCUCAAAACGGCGACUUCAUAUACGAUUUUCAAAUAUUUGUCACUUUUCCCCCUCUAUUAACUGCCUCUUUCCAUCUGUUUACCAGUCGUCACUUCUGCCAAAAACCUCUGUUUCGGCGGCCGAAAGAUGGUUCGACACCCACCCGAAUAACUCGAAAAGUCAACAGAAGCAGAGGGUUUAAAUGGCGGAUCCGAAUUGACGAAUGUCUGCUCUCAAAAGAACAUGUUCGUGCAGACUUCAUUCCUUCUCCUCGCCACUGUCGGAUUCGCCAGUUCGGCCACGUGCAACUACUCAAAGUCGGCGGUGAAAGCGAGUUGGAAGAUUGUGGACAAUGGAGCGCUGCAGAUUCAGUACCAGAACACGAAAAUCUCGAAUAACCAGUGGACCGCCAUCGGAUUCGGACCCGGAAUGGUGAGUUGGAUACUGAAUGAAGCGGCUUCCAUAACAUCCUUGUGAAACCGAAAUCUAUCUUUCAGCAAAGCCAAAGCGUGAUCGUGAUCAUGGUGCAAAACGGUCAAAUAACCGUCCGAACCGGCCGGACCACCGGCUUUGCCGCCCCCGCAUUCGAUUCUCAGACGAGCGUGAGCGUGCAAACGGCCAAUCUCUCUGGCACGACCAUCAACGUGCUGAUCACCGUUCCGCUGAGCUUCAAUGGAAUGAACCUUCAGGAUUGUCAGACGUGGAAUGUAAGUGAUCGAGUCACUCAUCUCAUCCUCAAAAGCAUGACGCCUUUCAGUUCGUGCAAACGGGUCCCAUCACGAACGGACAAAUGGGAGCGCACACGUCGGUUCCGGACCAAGUGAACAAUGUCUGUGCCUCGCAGUGUAGAUGA